CAACAGGCGUCUUUGACAACAAAAACGGGGACUGUGCACGUUCGUAUGUGGGGGCAUAACGCUAAUUGCAGGCACGUACUGAGUGUCAUGUGUCCUUUAAUGCUGGCAAUACUUUGAAAUGUCGGGGAAAGCGGAUUUACCAAGCCUUUCACCUUCCCCUAAAGCUAACGUUGAGAAACUGAGGGACGCCAUCAUUGACGAUGCGGAGACCCCACAACUAAAAUACCUCAUCGAGAAGUGCAACUGCGUGGAUGUACAGGUUUGGAGGGACCAAGGAUCCUUCGACUUGAUGCACUACGCCAUUCUGGCGAACAAUCAGGAAGCGGUGUUGUUGUUGCUCAUGAAGGGAUUGUUUCAGCCGAACUACGAGACCAGUGUUCCGUAUUUACAUCUUGCUUGUGAGCUUGGUUUUCGAACGAUCACCGGGCUUUUGCUGGACCGUUUGGGCUCUGAUUUUCCAGCCGUUUACAAACACGGCGAAUUUCCUAUUCCUGUCAAGAGCAAAACCCCAUCAGGAGUUGAUUCGAGGAGAUUUUUUGACAGCGAAACAAAGGGAAAUACUGAAAAAGAAGAAGUCUCAGCCAUUGACGUAGCUGCAAUGAUGGGCCGCCUGAACUGUGUUCGGUUUCUCUUGGAUCGGUACGAGCGCGAUGUGAUUAAUCGCGCACCAUCUUGGAAAAGGGUUUCUUUAAACCAGUUAGGUUUAGCAACUAUUUGUAAGUCAGCCACUGCUCUGAAGCUUCUUUUAGAGUUGGGUAAACAUUCCAAAGACGAUAUUCUACGAACAGUCGCGAUUGCAAUUCGCCAAAACCAACCAUACUGCUUGGACCUUCUUCUCAGCAAAAAUGUGGACACCAGCUCACUGUACUCAGGGAUGAACCUUUACCACGUGGUGUCGCAAUAUCCGAUUCCGCUUUACGAAGGGUUAAAGCCAUGUUUAGCGGAAAUGACGUCGGUGCUUUUGAAGCAUGGUUAUGACGUCACUGCUAAGUCCCCCAGUAGGACAUAUCCGCUGUACAGUGUGUUGAGUAGCGAGGCUGUCUUCUCCGAUCCAAAUGCGACUUCCUGUGAAGACAUCGAGAGCAUUUUGCACUGUCUCAGGACAAUGAUUGCUGCCGGAGCCGAUCCGAACUUUGACGAAGCCGCGACGGAAAAUCCCGACGAAGCAGAAGCUUAUGGGCGCGAGGCAUAUCCCUCCGCGUUGUUUUGUUUAUUUCACGCCGCCCACAGGUGCGCCAAGACCAGUGACGAACCUUUGGCGUUGUUACGUGAAAAAACACUGCGGUGUUUUCAGCUUUUACUGGAAUACAGCGCGGACGUUCGGAAGGUGGCGGCGGUUUAUCAUUUGUUCGGGGACGGAGAACAUUCAAACAUGACGGUGCUGCACGAAUACAUUCGAUGCAGCACCGCUCUUGGCGUUGAUCCAAAGAUCCUCUGCCUUCUCAUGAAACAUGGCGCCGAUCCCAUGGCGAAGUUCAAGGGCAUGUUGCCGCUGACGAUGUACUGUCUUGGACGCCAUUCUUUGGCGAAGGACAAGGCUGAUAGCAUGCGCAGAGCGUCUGUGGAAGUGUCUUUAUCCAACCUUACAACUCUGCUGCGACUAUGUGACUAUCUUCCGGUCAGGUUGGUACAGCGAUAUCAAGCUAACCUAAGAGACGUUUUACCCAAUGAUGAGUUUCUUUACGAAUAUCAUUCCACGAUGACGAACUAUCUGACCUCUGUUCGGUCGCUAAAGCACGAAUCAUCGACGACAAUCUGGGCAGCUUGCUCCUACAAAGCAGAAAAUGUCGACACUCUGCCAUUACCACGUGACCUGAAAUCCUUCAUAGUGCCAAAUUUGUGAAGUUUUCAUUUUAAUGUCUGCAUGCGCAUUUGCACGCUUAACCCUAUUUCUUCGACUUUCUUCCUAAAAUGAAACGCCAACAUAUUUGAAAGCAAAUAUUGCGUCUUCACAGUUGAAAUAUGAAAGUGGAAUGUCAUUGGCUAAGUAAGAAAUGUCAACAUUUGCACAUUAGUACAGAGCACAUCAGUAUUGACACCUACAUGUAGUUACAGCCCAGAUUCAAGUGCUAAAAAGGUCUGCUAGUAACCUGCAGAUGACCGUCGGUUUCCCUUUCCUCCCCCCACCUAAUGCUGGCGGCCGUCGUAUAAGUGACAUAGUUUUAAGUACGGCGUUGAACACCAAUCAAAUAAAUAAAUAGUGCUAUAAACUGUCUGUAGUCAUUCGUUUAACCAGUUGCCUAUAUUCAGCUGUCUCUAAAUCAGACAUACUGGCUACCAAAAUGCCACUGUUUUUUUUAAUA